AUGUCGAACCCGAACAAUUGGCAGGAGGAGGCGAUGCGGCGCCUGCGCCAGAUGCAGACGCGGGGCGGGUAUCCCGGAGGACGAGGAGGGCCGCAGAUGCCCCGGGGAGCCAACGGCGCCGUGGUGGGAGGCAUUCUGCUGGCGGGCGGCGCCUGGCUGCUGUCCAACUCGCUGUUCAACGUGGACGGAGGUCACCGCGCGAUCAAGUACCAGCGGCUGAGGGGCGUGAGCAAGGAGAUUUACAGCGAAGGAACACACAUCAACAUUCCCUGGUUCGAGACGCCCGUCAUCUACGACGUCCGAGCGAAGCCGCGCAACGUCGCUUCGCUGACGGGCACCAAGGACCUGCAGAUGGUCAACAUCACCUGCCGUGUGCUCUCAAGACCAAACAUCGAGGCCCUGCCCCAGAUCUACCGGACGCUCGGAACCGACUAUGACGAGCGAGUGCUGCCGUCGAUUGUGAACGAGGUCCUGAAGAGCGUCGUUGCCCAGUUCAACGCCAGUCAGCUCAUCACACAGCGAGAGAUGGUGGCUCGGCUAGUACGAGAGAACCUGUCCCGCAGAGCAGCGCGGUUCAACAUUCUUCUUGACGAUGUAUCUCUGACGCACCUCGCCUUUUCGCCAGAGUUCACAGCUGCUGUCGAAGCCAAGCAGGUCGCCCAACAAGAGGCUCAGCGAGCGGCUUUCAUCGUCGACAAGGCCCGCCAGGAGAAGCAGGCCAUGGUCGUCAAGGCGCAGGGUGAGGCCCGAUCCGCCGAGCUGAUUGGCGACGCCAUCAAGAAGAGCAAGGCCUACGUGGAGCUGAAGAAGAUUGAGAACGCCAGGCUCAUUGCCCAGCAGCUGCAGGAGUCUGGAGCCAAGAACAGGCUGAUGCUGGAUGCCGAGGGCCUGGGCUUGAACGUGUUUGAGGAUUCGGAUAAGAAAUGAGGUGAUCAGGCAGGGGACCUUGGUGUGAACUGGGGGAUGAGAUGAUGAACUCUCCGCUUGCAUGCUUGUCUGUGUAAUGAAGAAAAAGAAAACUUGUAUUAUAGGAACUCUAGGGA